CACUAAUACAUAGGAAGAAGUAGAAAUGUGUGUGUGUGUGUGAGUAAGCACCUUUGUUGCAAGGAUAUUUACACACACACACACUCACAUACAGUUACUUAAAUGAAUAGGUGUGUAGGUAGGGUAGGGUAAAGGAGAGAAGAGACAAUAAGAAUUGUAGUUGUUGUUAUUUUAAGUGGUGUUUUGAAUAUUUUUGGUGUUUGUGAGAGAAUGUGUGGAAAAUAAAAUAUAAUGUUUUUACUCUAACGCUGCUGCUAAAGUAUUCGUUUCGUAUGCAAUUGUUGUUGUUUCAAACUAAGGUGGCAGCAACCUUUUGCGGCAGCAGCAUUAUACAAUACAUUUAGAGGUAUAUGUCGGCCUGUCUGCCUCGCUGUAUGUAUGAUUAAAGGUAUUCAAUUUUUAUUGUACUCACAUAACUCGUGUUGCAACAACCAUCAGUCAGUCAUUCAGUUACUGAAGUCAUUUCCGUUGGUAGGACGUUUGUUGCAAGAGACGCCCCAUGACAUUUCAUUACGAGACAUCGGGCACGCGACACACAUUGCAGCAUACAACCAGACAGCUGGUUCUUACCAAAAAAUAAAAAAAAAAACACUGCGACUACAUUUUCCAAUUAAAAUUUGUGUAAAAGAAAAUUCCUGUAACAUUACAUUGACUGCAGCAAUUCAGUUGACAUUUAGAACUCCAACAAACAACAACGAUAAGCGGGAAAAGGAAUACGGAAGUUUAAAUUAAAAAAAAUAAAUCCAAUUAAAUUAAUUUCGUUUUUAAAAUAAAGCUUUUCUCGAAAAGCUUUAGUUAAACCAAUGGCCACCUUAAGUGUUUUGAAUUACAACAAUCUAUCAUCGGGAUUAAAUAUGAAAGUGAACAACCAAAACUCCAGCUCAAGUGGAGCAAUUAAUGGCAAUAAUGCCUUGAAUAAAACGUUUAACAAGAUAACCGUGCAAAAUGUUUUAAGUGAAAAUAAUGGCAAUUCUUUGAAUAUAACCAAUGGCAACCCGAAUGCCAUUGUCAGGAAAAUUAAGGAUUUUGGCAUGAUAGGCUCAGUGAAUAAUGCCUCUGGAGCGGCCAGUUUAAAUAUGAAUCCACGCAAGAGACCUUUAACGGAAAGUAAACAAAACCAAAAACCCACCGAGAGCAAACCAACAGCCUCGGCUAGUAAAAAGCCUAAGUUAACCAAGGAGGAAAGAGCAGCCAUACGUUUGGCCAAGAAAGCGGCAAAGGAGAACUCUAGCUUAACGAAAGGGAAUACUAAAGAUCAGCCCAUGGCUUUGAUACAACAAGUCAAAAUACCCGGCACCCCAGGACGCAAAGGUUUGCCCUUGCCCCAGGCGGUAGCUAGACGCAAUGCCCGUGAGCGCAAUCGUGUUAAACAGGUCAAUAAUGGUUUUGCCGCUUUAAGAGAGCACAUACCCGAAGAGGUGGCUGAGGUAUUUGAAAAUCAAGGCACUAAUAGGGGCUCAUGCAAAAAGUUUAGCAAAGUUGAGACCUUAAGAAUGGCAGUGGAAUAUAUAAGAUCUUUGGAGCGUUUGCUGGGUUUUGACUUUCCUGCAGGCUCUGGACAACUUAACUCUUCCAGUGGUGAAGAAAGUUUUAGUUUAAUAAAAGAUGAAUUUGAUGCUUAUUCUCCCAGCAUGGAAGAACAAUUCGAUGACUCUUUAAGUCACUAUGACAAUGAAGAGUUUUUCUCUUCAAACACCAGUCAACAGCAAACACAAUUGCCCUCCUCAUCUCCACAACCUUCAGCACAAAUGGAUAUGUUACCCAAUAUAACAACACUUAAUGGUCUACAAUAUAUAAGAAUUCCAGGGACAAAUACCUAUCAACUCUUGACCCCAGACAUAUUCGUGGGUACGGCCACCUCGCCACCAUCCUCAACUAUUGAUGAAGAACAUUUUAAUGCAUUAAUUGACACUAAUUGUGUAAGUCCUUCAUCAUCGUCAACGCCAGGCAUAAUGCAGCAACAACAACAGACAACUACAGCUGAUCAAAAAUCGCCUUCACCACCAUCAAUUAAUUCCACUGAGGUAAUAAGAAGGGUACAAGAAACAACAGCACCUGUCUUAACAACAACAACUACAACAACAGUAACUAAUGGAGAAAACAUAAACGAAGGGACUGCUACAUUAUCUUCAUCAUCAUCUUCUUCUUCAUCAUCAACAGUAACUGCUACAAUAUCAUCAUCAACUUCGUUAUUAUUAUCGCCCGUGCCACAAAACCAACAACAGCAAAUAAUACCACUGUUAACGGCAACAUCAUCCCCCAGUACAAGUCCAGUAUUACAUCAACAUCAACUACAUACAUUAUCACCUGCCACAACUAAUGAUCAACAUCAUCAACAACAGCUACAACAGGCCAUAAGACAAACGUGUGCCGCUAAUCAACUACAACAACAGCAGCAACAGCAAUUUCUACUACCAAACUCAAAUGACCAGCAAAUAGGGACGUUGCACAUGAUUAAACAAGAGUAUCCUGAAGAACCCUCUUCUAACAUUUAUCAACAAACAUCACCUUCACAACAACAGCAACAACAUUUACAAGUUUAUCAUCACUCUACCAUGUCUCCACCUUUAGAACGCCAAACACCCACAACAUCUACUGCCUCCUCUUCCUCUCAUAUGUUGCAACAAUUUUUCCCUCAUGAUCAAAAUUCUUCUUCAUUUUAUGAGGGAAUUGUUACCAUGAAAAAGGAAUUUAAUGAAGUACUCUUAGAUGCCUCUCACAACACCAAUGUUUUGUCUGACGAAAGUAUGAUUGAGGCAAUUGAUUGGUGGGAUGCUCAUACUCCCAAAUCGGAUGGUGGUUCAUUAAUGAUGUAAAUGGAAGAAAGUUAUAAGGAAAUAUCUAACUGUUUCCUACUUAGUACUGAGGCAAAAGUUACAAAAGGGUAAAAUAAGGUACCUUUACUUUGAAAGGUACUUUUUAUUACACUAACUGCUGUAAAUAUUCUCUUAAGAAAAUAUGUGGUACGAAGAGUUUAUAUUUAAUCCACUUUAUCACAGGAAAGAUAUUUUAAAGAGCAGAUCAAAACUUUCAAGUAUCUUAAAUAUCUGAUGGAGACUUUUUAUGCAAUGAAAGAAAAAGUACCCUUGUCAAAUCUUGGUACUUUUAUGUCUAAUACAAAUGAUA